CCGCGACACACCCCGACAAAAUGGCGGCCCUCGCUGCCGCGCUGGCCACGUGAUGGCGGAGGCGGGAGCUCGGCUCCCCGGUGUGCCCGGUGGCUGGCAGCGGGGCUGUGCGGCUCUGCGCGCCGCCCGGGCUGGGCUGGGCUUUCCCGCAGGGACGUAGGGGGCCCGUCGGCUUCCCGGGACUCGCCGACAAGCUGCUUUCGCUGAGGGGCAGCUGGGGUGCGGCGGGAGCCCGCUGUCGGGAGAGCGGGCAGCAUGAGCGGCGGCAGCGCUAGCGGGCUGCCCGCGGGAGGCCGGGCGCUCUGCCUCGCUCUGCGCGGAGCUACCGGGGGGGCAGCGGGGCAGCGGGGCGGGCGCUCCGCCGGCUCGCCCGAGAGGCGCUGAGGGAGUGAGAAGCAUGGGACGGCUGGCGGCAGGGGACAGCCCGCGGUAUCUCCUCCUCUCCUCUCCCGGCGGCAUGACGAGCCGAGCCCGCUUCCCGGGACGCAGCAACGCGGCGAGCGGACCAGCCGGGGCUCCCUCCGCCGCCGCGCCGCCUCGCCCGAGCGCCCCGCUGGCUCACUGAGGGGCAGCGCCAAGGCCGGGGGCUGGCGGGCGGCAUGGCGUGGAGCGGCAACGGCAGCGCGGCGAGCAGCGGCGGGCGCGGCGAGGAGCGGGGCUACCGGCACUUCGCCACCGCCGCGCAGGUCGUCAUCUUCGUGGGCGCUCUGCUGGGUAACAUCAUGGUGCUGUGGUCAACUUGCAGAACAUCGGUACUUAAGUCUGUAACAAACAGAUUCAUUAAGAAUUUGGCCUGCUCUGGGAUUUGUGCCAUCCUAGUUUGUGUGCCUUUUGACAUUGUUCUUAGUGCCAGUCCACACUGCUGCUGGUGGAUCUACACGAUGCUCUUCUGCAGAAUUGCCAAGUUUCUGCACAAAGUCUUCUGCUCAGUGACCAUCCUCAGUUUUCCAGCCAUUGCUCUUGACAGGUACUAUUCUGUUUUAUACCCUCUGGAAAGAAAAAUAUCUGAUGCAAAAUCCCGGGACCUGGUUAUCUACAUCUGGGCCCAUGCAAUAGUGGCCAGCAUUCCGGUAUUUGCUGUGACCAAUGUGUCUGAUAUUUAUGCCAUGUCGACCUGUUCCGAACCCUGGACCUACUCCCUCGGUCACCUGAUCUACGUUAUCGUCUAUAACAUCACCACUGUGAUUGUACCAGUGGCUGUGGUAUUUCUCUUCAUGAUUCUUAUUCGCAGGGCACUGAGUGCCAGCCAGAAGAAAAAAGUCAUCAUAGCUGCCUUAAGGACCCCUCAGAAUACAAUUUCCAUCCCUUAUGCCUCCCAGCGAGAAGCUGAGCUUCAUGCCAUGCUGCUUUCUAUGGUUAUGAUAUUUAUUUUCUGCAGUGUUCCCUACGUGACUCUGGUGGUUUACCGCACCAUACUCAAUAUUUCAGAUAUUUCAGUCUUCUUGCUCCUCACUGCCAUUUGGUUGCCCAAGGUAUCUUUGCUAGCCAAUCCUUUGUUAUUUUUAACUGUUAACAAGUCUGUACGGAAGUGCUUAGUGGGGACGAUAGUACAGCUGCACCAAAGGUAUAGCAGGAGAAACAUUGUCAGUUCGGGUGGUGUUGCAGAUGCUAAUCUGGAGCCCAAUGUCCGUUCAGGGAGCCAGCUUCUGGAGAUGUUUCACAUUGGGCAACAACAAAUCUUCAAGCCAACAGAGGAUGAGGAGAAUGAAACUAAAUCCAUUGGCUCUGGUGACUUUCAGCAGAAAGAAAUACCUACCACCAGCUUAGAGGUAGAAGAGACUUUGGUUCAUAAAUUUGCACCACAGAUGAUUGCAGACUCUGCAGCUCAGGUAGCACCAGCUGUGCCCACUGAAGCUGAUAUGGUAAAUGACAAGUAUUCCAUGCAGUUUGGUUUUGGACCCUUUGAGCUGCCUCCACAGUGGCUCUCAGAAAACCGGAACAGUAAGAAGCGACUCCUGCCUCCUUUGGGGAAUACCCCUGAAGAGCUAAUCCAGACAAAGCAGCCUAAAUGUAAAGCAGAAAGAAAAAUCAACAGAAACAAUAAAGUCAGUAUCUUUCCCAAGGUGGAUUCUUAGGAAGAGCAGGAGCUUUAAGUGACAGAUGAAGGUCACCUUCUGUUAAAUGUGUGAUCCCAUGGAUCUUUGUUGUGCUAAAAUUUGUUACAGGCUGAUAUUUUUUGUGCCAAAUACAAUUAAAACAAACAAACGGGAAACACACACACGUGUUCUUUAUUAAUGUGUUUUCAUGAAAACAAUACAUUGAAAGAUGAUGAUUCUUGAUUUUAUUUGUGAAAUACCUACAAUAAUACAUUCCUGAUUAGCUUUCAAGAAAACAGACAUGGCUUUGGGAACACUUCUCUUAUGACUGAAGAAUGGAAAUGUGGUUGUUGGUUUGUUGGGGACCCUUAUAUUAAAAUGGACUGGCUAUCAAAGAAGCUUAAUAGGAAAGGAUUUAGGGAGUACAAGAGGAUGCAAAAUGGAUAAGAGCUAACCUCGUGUAAACAGACACAGCCAGCUUCUGCACGAUUCAUUAAUGAAAUAAGAUGGACUACCAAGUACAUCUAUUAUUAAGCCAAUUUUUCAAAUCAAUGUUAAAAUAAAACUUGCUGGACUCUUGCACAAAUUAGUUUCCAAUUAUCUGUUGAACUAUACUUUUUUAAAACUUAAAACUCUAUUUUGGCUUAAAAUUUCAGCAAAUUCAAGGAUAUCCAAAUUGUUGUGUGUGUCACAAACCUGAUAAAAAAAAAAAUCCUGAAAUACCACUUUUUAAAAAACAUACAUUCUUAUUUAUUGGGGUCAGGAUUUGUCCUGCAUUGUCUCCAAUCUAGCUUUUACUUCAAGCUCCAAGAAUAAAUGUGCCAAGGGCAUAAAUGUAUCAUUUUGAUCCUGUGAAAAAGGACACAAUGUCCCAACAGUGUUAUGUAUGUAUUAUGUACAUAAGCAAGGGGUCAACCUUAAAAUAGACUUGUAUCUAUUGGUGCACUCUGCUUGUUUUCUUACAGGAAAGCUAGCAAAUGAAAGAAAAGGGUCAGAAAAGCUAGCAGCCUUAUAUUGAACCUGUUGAGCGAGGAAGCUGAUAAAGGACUGCAAAAGGCAAGUUUUGCUAAUGUUGUUGUUCACUAUUGUUAAGAGGCAGGGAGGUUUUUCUUUUACCUUCACUGCUAUAAAUACCACUCCUCUUACUCCACUUGUCUCACAGAUUAGACCACCCAGCGUACAAACAUGAGACUUCUAAAUCUGGUGAAUCAGUCGCACCAUCCCUGGUAUCAGCACAGCAGCCUUUCUCUGAGAGUUGAUUGUACUGCAGCUUGCCCCCUGCAUUGUCACAGGCACAUCACGUCGUUUAUACUGUGUGAAUUUUGAAUUGUGUCAGUCUGUUAGAUGACCUUGAAACUAUUGUAACCCUGGUAUUUUAAUCCUUGUUCAGUCACGAGUAGUCUUUCCUUCUUUCUUAUUGGCAUUCACUGUUGUCUCAGUGGGUAGUUUCUGAAAAGCACAAUCUAGUAAUGCCCAGACACUCUGUGUGGUUCUCCUGUAGUUCAGCCCUUUGGUGCAUGCUGGACCUUCACCUAUUGUAACUGCCUGUUUAUGAAAGUAGUUUUCUUUAAAGCAUACUUCUUAAAAGGACAAGGUGAGUUAUCUUGCCAAGUUCACAGUAGCUUGCCAAAUCCAAACAGUUACUGUUGAAAGUGGACAAAAAAAAUAUCUGCUGAAGCAAAAUUUGGAAAUGUACCCGUUCUUCCUUUCAUGUGUAUGAAGCAAGUCAACAGCUUCUGGUGGCUCUGAGGUGGUAGAUUUCUACAUGGCAUUCAAAGCAAGUGUUUUAAUAAAAGUUAUUUUAAAAAAAAGUUUUGUAAAUUACUGUGUAAAUUGUUUUCCCCUGUUUCUUCUCUGUUUUCAGUGCUGUUCACAUUUUUGCUAGUUCAAGAACAACUCAGCUUGGGAGCAAGGAGCACUCUCCCCAGCUGCCUUGCCUCUUAGAUGCAGAGAUGACGAGGCAGACACAGUUUGCCCAGAACCAGACAGAAGAAAUACUCCAGGAAAAGGUGUUCUGUGACAGAGGUAGAGAAGUGCCAUAGCACACAGACUUCUUUUGAAAUACCGAUAAAAACAUUUUUGUUUUUUUUUUCUGAAGUUACUGAAAACAGAAUCCAUUUAAAAAAAACAACCAAACAUCAGAAACAAAGUAGAAGUUAUAGUUUCCUUAUGAAUUUUGAUUAGAUUCAGUAUUUAUGGCUCACUUACACAUAGAUAACUGGCCUCUGUGAUUGAUGAAUGUGAUAAAUGGCUACUCAGAUCUGAACUUCCUUUAAGGAAAGCAAACUUGGUCCUAGUUUUGUCCCUUUCACCUCUCAUGUUGAAUGAAAUGCCAAUGAUAAAUUUGAAGAGACAAAUUCUAUAGGAUUGUUUUAUAUCUGGAAAAGUAAGGGGUUUGUUUUUUAUGACUGUUGAGAAAAAAUAUAUUUUCAUUUCAAAUAGAACACAUGUAAGAACUUGUGCACAGUUCUUUAAUAGAUUGUGUCUGAAGACAUGGAAACCUUUCCACUAGAAGUUAAUAAAGGUCUUUUUUUACACCUGAAGAAUUAA